AUGAAUUCCUAUUUCGCGGCUUCCUUUCUGCCGCAAUAUUCACCCGAAAGCCAUUACGUGCCUAACGGUUAUGGCUCUUCUACGACCACUAACUAUGGACUCUAUUCUUCACGGUUUUCCGACCAUUUUGGUGGAUACCAAACAUCAUCAUCCGGAGGCUAUGGCGGAGUCGUUUGUGCCAGCGGUACUACGAGUCACCCAUCUGGUAUGUCAGGCUUAUCGGAGUCUUGUGCAUCACCGUAUAGUUCGUACCAUGCGCAAAAGUCAUCUGGGUUUUUGCAUACAAACCCGUACUCCGGGGUAAGUCCAGUUGGCGGUCACCAUGGAAGUUUAGGAUCACCGAACGAUGUCACAUCGGCAUCUGGGUACCCUAUAACUCCAGCGCAUUCGCACAACUCUUCUGGUCAUCACGCGCCGUUGGCUCACGAUAAGUAUAACAACAACAACAACAAACACAGCUCUCCGUCGUCGACGUCGUCGCCGUACGCUCACCACCAUCAUGGACUACACCACCCAACGGGCCCCAGCGCCCUUACCAACGGGAUGGUGGCUUCUGGAAACAAUACGAACGCCAUCAACAACACCACCUCUACAAGCAGUCGACCUGGAUCGGAUACACCACCUUUGCUCAACGCUCACUCACAGCACCAUCACUCACUCAGCCACCACACGGCUACCAGUCAGCAGCAGCAGCAGCAACAGCAGCAGCAGCACCACUCUCAACAGCCAACAGCACAUCAUAGCAGCCACCACGGCAACAGCAACAGCGCUGGAAUCCAACAUCCAGCGGUUUCCAACACAGCAGUUACUGCUGCAGCAAGCAACAACUCAAAUAACACAAUCAACGGAGCUACAACUAAUCACCCGCAACAGCGGCUGCAGAACGGCUACCUCGGGGGAUAUGGCUCCACACUGGAAUGGCCUGGGCAAAACCAAAGUCAUAUUUCCACCCCUUCGCCAUCUAUAAGCCAACAAAGCCCAUUCGGAAGUCCAGGGGAAGCCAACACAUUAAGUUCAUGCUCUUUGAGCCCCAAGGCUGUGAGUGAUGAUAUAUCUCCACAACAGCAGCAGCAGCAGCAAUCUGCACAACAACAAACCCAGAGCCAGUCAGCGACAUCAUCGCCCGACCAACAGGCUCCCUUUUAUCCUUGGAUGGGGAUUGUAG